AUGUGCAUCAAGCAUGUCCAAUUCUACGAAUGCCCCUCCGAGCCCAUCAAAAACCCGCCCGGCCAUAACCCACCCAAGAAGCACCGCGUCAGGGCCAACAUCCUCUGCUCUCAAGUGUUCCCGUGCCCGGCGCCGCAGUGGGAGAAACGCGUGAGCCGGUAUGGGUUCAUGUGCCCGGCUUGCUCGGGCGAGUCCCCCGCCGUGCCGCGGGACACGCCCGUCAGCGACGAGUGGAAGCGCGACGAGCUGCAGGACGAGGCCUGGGUCCAGAGCUACCUGUCCGAGUACUGCCACGCCGUCCUGCUCUGGAUCCGGAGCCAGUGGGGCGCGGGCGACGACGACGCGGCGGUGGCGGCGGAGGCGGCCGAGUCGUGGCUCAGCGCCUUCUUCAUGGAGCGCCGGUGCAAGGAGAAUGACCACCGGGUCGGAGAGUGCCGGUGCGAGGCCAACGGGCCGCUGGCCUACUUCUACAACCCGACUACGGCGGCCCGCCGUUACCUGACGGACCUUGCGGCGGACAAGCUCGAGGGGGACCCGCGCGUGCGGAGCCCCGAGAUGCAGGUCGUCUUGGCCAACCGCCACAUGGCCCUCUCGGCCGUGUGCCGCGAGCGCAACCUCUACUUCAAGGACGGCAUCUCGCGGCAGCCCUUCUUCUCGGAGAGGAACAUCGGGCGGCGACGCAGGAUCCUCCAGAAGAGCCUGGACGACGCCGCCAAGACGGCAGACAGGCUGAUGCUGGAGAACGCCGAGAACGCCGAGGGCGCCGUGGCGGCGGGGGCGGGGGGCGGCAGAUGGACGGCGGCACACACGCUGGAAACGGCGCGGGUGUCGAGGCGCGCCAGCCUCGUCAGGUUCAUGGGGGAGGUCUUGCUGUACGACAACGGCAUCUCCAACGGGCGCUUCAGCCUCGCCGUGUCGUGGCUCGCGCACGUCAUCCAGGUGGCGGCGUGGCGGACGGCGUCUCGGGUCGAGGGCCUGGAGAAGCUGGCGCGGAUGGCCAGCGAGAUGGACCAGGCGUCGAUGCCCAGCCAGCCCUUCACGCGCCUCGUGCAGCUCGUGCAAAAGUACUACUUCGACAGGCGGGCGGAGUGGAAGGCGCAGGUGAUGAAGUACAAGGCGCGGCGGAGCGUGUUCGAUCGGGUGACGGCGCCCAUCGACCCGUGGAGGGAGCUGGAGGACGAGGAAGGCUGGAGGAGCUGCAGAAUCUGCAAGGGGGGGUUCUACGUGUCGCCUGCCAACAUGACGGAGCAGUCGCACCCGGGUGUGGACAUGGGAGACUAUGGGGAGCCGGCGUGGCAGAUGAAGGACUGCUGGUGCAUCUUCGGACGGCGCUGUCUGUUCCAGUGGAUCACGGACACGAGCACGGCGGCCAAGGAGCCGGAGUGUCCUGGGUGCGGCAUGCAGUUUCCGUUUCGAGAGUACCAGCUGGUGGAGGCCAGCACGGGGUAUUCGAUCCGGAACGAUCCUCCGGGGGACCUGUAG